AUGGCGGUCACUAAUUUCCACUACAUUACUCGGAUGAGCAGUGGUUUCAAAGUUUACAUAUUGGAAGGUCAGCCACACCUGAGAAGUGAGGACAGAUUUCAUCACAUGACCAGUGAGAGGAUCAGAGUCAUCCCUGCUCAUCCACUAAAACGCAAGCACAGCUUAGAUCCAGGAAGGACACUGGAAGAAAGGAGGGAGAGGGCUUUAAACAAAAGCCUAGAGAACUCUGCCAGGGUAUCAUCAAAGACAACAGUGCCUGAAAGUCCUACAUCUACCUGGAGCCCCACAACAAGUCCCAUUCAUCUUAUUCCCAGUCCAAUCCACUGCACACGGGUUAUGGAUGAACCUCUCGCCCUGAUCAAGAAAGCUCGCCUGGAGCCAGAGAGAGCAGAGGACAAGAGCAAGACAACUGCACUUAGGCACAUUCAGGCUCGACCCACAGUGAUCACUUGUGUCUCAUCCACUAAAUCAACCUCUAGAUCUGAAGACUGUUGUAGCCAUUCCACAGUUAUCACCCAGCACAGUUAUGACAAUGUUGAGGAGCAUUUCAAAAGAAGCCUUGGGGUAAACUAUCAAAAGAAUACGUCUAGGCAACUCUCAAUCAGCGUGUCUGUGGAUGACCACUUUGCCAAGGCCCUUGGAGAGAAGUGGAUCCAACUCAAAGCGUCUUCCUCUUCCUGUAACCGCUCAUCCUCACAAUCUUCAUCUUCUUCAUCAUCACCAAACAGUCCCAUCUUCAUCCAUUCACUUGGCUCAGGCAAAAGUUACAAGAAGGCCUGCAAAGAUCCUGGCAGCCCGGUCACAACCACUUCAAGUAUGUGGUCAGGACAAUGA